AUGACUCAAGAAAUCUCUGAAUGCCAGGCGUUGCACCUUUCUGACGGUAGCAAGUGCAUGAAAGAGGCUACACAUGCAAAUGGAGUCUUUUGCUGGUUCCAUUCCAAGAAAGUCUACGGCCUCUAUAGGGGAUACAAACGGCGUAAUGCUUCGCUGGAUACGCUGGAUGACGAGAGCCCUCCAUACCUAAAGAAAGCCAAAAUUACUCUAGCCAACCAGACAUUUGAGGACAUAGAAGACGAAAAUACUCUGAGAGUGGUGCAUUCCCAUUUAUUCGAGAAAUAUGUCCUCAUUGGAAAAGUAAUUGAUGCCCGCAAGCUUCACCAUACGCACUUCUAUUCGCUUCAAAUCGACUAUGGGCACCAAGCGUACAUUGAUAAGCUCAGCAGCCAGCGUCAGAAUAUUCUUACAUCUCUAGAGAGAUUGGAAAAGCGCACUGCUGAUCUACUCUAUCGGAAAGAACAAUGGUUUGCUUGGGUGCGCAGGGCCCAGGAAGAAGAGGAAGCAACUCGUGAGAAGGAGCAGAAAAGAGUCAAGCAAGAGGCUUCCUUGUUCAAACGCUAUCGAGAUCAAUUGCGUACGAGGUUGGAACGAGCUAGGCGAGAGGAAGAAAAGAAAAGCCAAGAUGCAUAUCUCGAACAAGCUUACCAGGAGCGCAUGGCCAUGUCAGCGGACGAGACUGACAACGACGAGGAUUGGGAUCCCAUCAAAGACAUGGAACUUGAUAAACGGACUCAGUACAUUGACUUGAUCAAACACUUCCUUUGGAUGGAUGUCAUCGAUCCCGAUGGCGACAAACAGGAUGCCUCGGUCGAUCCUGUGGCCGCCUCCACAGAGGCUGUUCCAACGCAAGACAGCCAAACCCCUGCUAAGAAAGCAAAGAAAAGGUCGAGUGCCAAGAGAGGUGCCACGAAAUCCGGCAAUAUGGGCAUUUCCGCUGCCGCCAGCCUAGCCGAGAGAGGCCAAAAGAGGCUCAUGGCUAUACAAGAAGGCAAGGAAGCUAGAAAAAAUGCUGACGACCACGUGCCGGACAAGAAGAAAAUCGAAACGGAACGUGAGAUGAGGAAGCGCCUGAGCGAGGGGGUCGACAAGAAGAUGGAGAACAUUUGGGGCUUCCAGCUUGUAGGAUCACUGGAAAAUCCUCAUGAGACCUAUACCAGAACGGCACCGAUGACGGAUGAUGAGAUUGAGUCUGCCGUCAAGGAUAUUAGGGAGAUCAAAUUGCUACUCUUCUGCCGGCUGCUGCUUGCGCAGGCUUCAAUUCUGCCGGCUGCGCUCCGUUCCAACAGCGUGGAGGAAUUUCUCAAUGAUGUCGAUAUAGUGGACUCGGACUUGCGAGAUCUCUGUUUAAAGUUGGAAGAUCCUUCUCUGCAGCAAAUUCGAGAUGCAUGCGCAGAUUUCGCACGCGGAGAUGAUGCGGAAGAAGAAGCUGAGGACCUGUCGGACGAAAGUGAUACCGACGAUGAAGAUGGCGACACCUUCGCCGACAUGGUAGCUGAUAAUGAUCGAUAUGCACACCUCCAUACUGACAACUGGUUGGCGGAAAAGCUGUUCCCUGACGAGCUAAAGCCCCGCAAGGACAGAACCAAAUCCUCAUCACAGAAGAUUCGAGUUACUCUAUGUGGCAAGAGUGUAUGGAACCAUGCCAGCGAAAAGGCAAUGUCUCGAGACGGCUGGCUACAGUUCUCCAUCAUAGCCAAAGACUGUGACCUUAAGCAUGCCAUUCAGCUUUGCCGGAACUGGGCCGAAUUCUCAGAUUUGAACCUGCUCACCCAUUGGCAGUAUUUCCCUGCUUCUAACUGGGCUUCCUGGGGCACCAAUAGGCUUAUUCAACAGCUACAAGAGCUAGAGUUUUUCCCCUACUUUAUCGAUCUCGACGCUCAACAAUACAGCCGCCAUCUUCAAGUUGGUGGCCGGAGCAAGAUUCGGCGCCAGCAUGACAUAGUCGAGGGGAGAAACAUUAUUGUCGGUCACAUGAAGCGCAGCAACCCCGUCACCCGGCGGUUUCUACAAUACCUUACUAUGCGGACUGGAGAGAUACUGGUUCUGGUAAGAGAUGGUAAAACUGGCCGCGUGAUAACGGCACCUCGCGAUAAGCACCUUUGGACUUAUCGUAGGAAGCACGGCGUUGGUAGGGCUUCAAAGAAUGAAUGGGACAAUGUUCUAGAGGUGGGCCCUGAUUACUUUGAUAUGACUGACUCUCUGAGAGAAUGGCGCUUUGAAUUCCAGGACUAUUAUGAUGUUUUCAUUUGGAGCUUCGUGCCGGAUGAAUCGCCGAUGGAUAUGUAUAACGUUGUGAUAACAGAACUUCGUAUGGCAUGGCGCCUAACACAUCCGCGGGAUUCAUAUUUGCACAUGAAACCGCUGUUGCGCACAUUGACCAGAGAGAAAGACACUAUGCGCACUCGCAAAAUAGCGCCGGGCGAAGAUGUCGAAAGUAUCUGGGACCAUGUGAUGAGCGAGCAGGUCCAUUUCAGGCUUUUCAAUAUCCAGAAGGACAAAAUAACUUCCCGAACCACUGACGAGCUGGGCGAUUCUCCAUACAUGUUUUACAAUAAAGCCAACGUCGUUGAAGACGAGAUUCUAUUUCCAGACGAGGCUGGCUCCAACAAGAAGAGGGUCCCUUUCCGAGAGAUUCGGAAUGGUAUUAGUCGCAUUGAGACUGCCAAUCAUCCUAGCAGCGUCCGACAGCUCGAAAAAAGCUGGGCGUUGGCUCGUGAGGGUAAAGAUCCUGCCGCCGCUUUUGAAGAAACGCUAGACAGCGAUGAAGGUAGCAUUUGGGCCCUUCCAAAGGUAUGGCAGACUGCCUUUGGACAGUUUCCUCAAGAGACUCUUUCAGUGCAGCAGCGCAUGCUUCUCAGUCGUACUGGCCUUGACACCGUCAGCCCGGCUCAGCUGUUGGCCGAUAGACUGGAAGAUGCAGAUUUUAUGGAAAUUAUGGAACGCGACAGAUCCUUUGGAUUCAAAGAGGCAUUCCACCAGGGAGAUCUCGAACCAGGUAGUAACGAAAAGUACUCUCAAGUCCAAGAUAAACUUGGCGCCAUGCUCAAAACUGCUCAUACCGGAUCGACUGACUGGGUUUUCUUACUUGUCGAAAUCCUUGACUGGCUUCAGAUUCGAGCAGACUACGACGACUACGCCCAGGAUCCAGCUGCUCCAUGGCCUCAUCCCUUCAUUGUUCAGGAUUUAGUCCAGGCCUUCGUGAUGGUGGCCAUGUUUUUCCCAGAGUCAAAUGUGACGACCAACGUGACAGCAUUCCUGAAAUCCGACGAAUGCGAAAGCUUCAGAAAUUCUCUCUUGUUCAAUCCACAAGAACGGUGUAAAUCUCUGCCUGAUCGAAGGAGUCGGACAAGCUACAGAUACCGUGAUAAGAAAUUCUGGGAUGAGUGGAACAAGAUUGCAGAAGGUCCAGGAUAUUUCACAGACAUUUUCCCUCUCGAAUGGAGCCUGAACAUCCGCCCAACUAUAGCCAAACUGUACCGAGCAGGAAUCAUCGCCGGAGCCUAUUGCCAGAACGAUCCGCAAAUCGUCCCGGGAGUGGCCGUGGCAGCGAUGGAACCUCAUCGCCCAGACGAACUGGACCUUUUCAUCUGCUACGAGGAUAAAUACAAAAACUUUCCACAAAUCUUCCCGCCCUCCUUUAUCGGACCAGAUAAAUGGACAACGCUGCUGCCCCACGCUCAGGCGUUUGCAAGCAAACAUCAGGGCGCGCGUUUCGCUCUCCUUCGGCUCUGGUCAGCGCCACACUUUUACCCUCUUAUGGUCGGACUGCAGAACCGACAGGGCAACAGCUUCGUUGACAGCGUCGGCCGUUCCUGGGAGUGGAAGUUUGUGCCCAAGGACAUGCCUGGCAGCGAGUUUAGCAUACACCACACUAUAAGCACGAGGCUAGGACUAUUGAAGGAGCAGUUUGGCGACCGAGUGUAUAGCAGGGCGGAUUUGAUCCUCGUUAUGGGAGAGGAUGUAGCGGAUUUGCUAAAGCACUGUGUGGCCGUGACGUUUGCUGUGCAGACGAAGCCGUGGCUGAGAGAAGUUGAUCUGUGGAAGAGCUUUAUUAAUGUCGAGCUCGAGUUUCUGCAGCAGUUGGAUCCUUACUGGCUUGACUGA